UUUCCCUCCCUCUCAGGCCUGUCAGUGCUGCAGAGGAUCUUGGACACGGCGGCGGAGCGGACCUGGCAGGUCACCUCCGUUAACUUGGACACUCUGACAGAAGCGUCCUUCAUCAAGCUGCUCGCCGACCUCGACUACAAGAAGGACUAUCAGAUCAUCAUCGACUGCGAGCUCGACCGACUCAACUCCAUCCUCAACCUGAUUGCUGCUCAGAGGAGAAACUUGAAGAACUACCAUUACAUCCUGGCCAAUCUGGGUUUCAUGGACCUGAACGUCACAGAGUUUCAGAAGCUGGGGCCGAACGUGACGGGCUUCCAGCUGGUGAACCGGUCUGAUCCAGCUGUGGAGAAGAUCAACCAGGACUGGCUGGACUUCGACAGCAAAGACCUCAAACUGGCUCGAAGGAGGCUCAGGUACACAGGAGCUUUGACCUACGACGGCGUUAGCGUCAUGGCGACGGCCUUCCAGAACCUGCGGCGGCAGCGGAUCGACAUCUCUCGCCGCGGGAACGCAGGAGAGUGUCUGGCCAAUCCCCCGGCUCCGUGGGGACAGGGCAUCGACAUCCAGAGAGCCCUGCAGCAGGUGCGUCUUGAAGGCUUGACGGGUCACGUUCAGUUUGAUGAGCGAGGACAUCGCACCAACUACACCCUGUCUGUGAUGGAGCUCAGCCACACUGGACCCAGGAAGAUCGGCUACUGGAACGAGAAGAGAGGCUAUGUGAACACUGCCAUCUACAGGCCAGUGGUGGAGGAGUUCUACGGUCUGCAGAACAGAACCUACAUUGUCACCACCAUACUGGAAGCUCCAUACAUGAUGUUGAAGAAGAACCACGAGCAGUUCGUAGGAAACGACAAGUACGAAGGUUACUGCGCCGAACUGGCCUCAGAGAUCGCCAAACACGUUGGCUUCGCCUACCGCCUCGAGCUGGUGGGUGACGGCAAGUACGGUGCCAGAGAUCCUGAGACGAAGAUGUGGAACGGCAUGGUGGGAGAACUGGUGUACGGGAAAGCCGACGUGGCGGUCGCCCCGCUCACCAUCACCCUGGUCCGAGAGCAGGUGAUUGACUUCACCAAACCCUUCAUGUCUCUGGGAAUCUCCAUCAUGAUCAAGAAACCCACCAAGUCCAAACCGGGCGUAUUCUCCUUCCUCGACCCGCUGGCCUACGAGAUCUGGAUGUGCAUCGUCUUCGCCUACAUUGGAGUCAGCGUGGUGCUCUUCCUGGUGAGUCGUUUCAGUCCUUAUGAGUGGAAGGGAGAGGACUCUGACGACGAAGACGAAACUCUGCCUUCCUCUACCUCUCGACGAGCUCUGCCAACUUCAUCCUCUGAGCUCACCCACUCUCCAGGGUACUCCCAGGGUCAGAACCAGAACCAGAACCAGCAGAAAGAAAAGGAGACUCCAGAACACACCAACGACUUUGGGAUCUUUAACUCUCUCUGGUUCUCUCUCGGGGCCUUCAUGCAGCAGGGCUGUGACAUCUCCCCCAGGUCACUCUCAGGCCGAAUCGUUGGAGGAGUUUGGUGGUUUUUUACCCUCAUCAUCAUCUCCUCCUACACAGCCAACCUGGCAGCCUUCCUCACUGUAGAGAGGAUGGUCUCCCCCAUAGAGAGUGCAGAGGACCUGGCCAAGCAGACAGAGAUUGCCUACGGUACUCUGGACGGAGGCUCCACUAAAGAGUUCUUCAGGAGAUCAAAGAUUGCAGUUUUUGAGAAGAUGUGGUCGUAUAUGCGGAGCGCAGACCCAUCUGUGUUCGUCAAAAACACCAAUGAAGGUGUGAGUCGAGUCAGAAAAUCAAAGGGGAAGUACGCCUACCUGCUGGAGUCCUCCAUGAACGAGUACAUCGAGCAGAGGAAGCCCUGCGACACCAUGAAAGUAGGAGGUAACCUGGACUCUAAAGGCUACGGAGUGGCCACGCCCAAAGGAUCGCCUCUCAGAAACCCUGUUAACUUGGCAGUGUUAAAACUGAACGAGCAGGGCCUGUUGGACAAAUUGAAAAACAGAUGGUGGUAUGACAAGGGAGAGUGCGGCACCGGGGGAGGGGACUCCAAGGACAAGACGAGCGCGCUCAGUCUGAGCAACGUGGCGGGAGUGUUUUACAUUCUGAUCGGCGGGCUGGGGCUAGCCAUGCUCGUGGCUCUGGUCGAGUUCUGCUAUAAGUCACGGAUCGAGUCGAGAAGGAUGAAGGAGCUGAUUGAUGCUGCUAUGAUGAGCACCAGCCUCAGGGGGAUGGCGGGAGGAGCAGGAGGAGGAGGAGGCGGUGGCAUGGCGGUGAUGGGAGGUUUAGGAGGAGGAGGAGCGUCGGGACUCGGAGGAGAGAACGGUCGCGUGGUGGCGCACGAUUUCCCAAAAGCCGGAGCUCAGGGUUUACCCUGCAUGAGCAAGGCUGCCGGGCUGGGACUGUCCUCCACGGGCAUGUGAUCAAAACUGAGGCUCCUGAUUGGACGGAACGCUCCUGUCUGUCUGUUUACCUGUCCGUCUGUAGGUGAGGGAGGAGAGAUGAAGGGAGGGAGGAAAGAUGGGAGGUGGAGAAAGAAUGGAGGAUAAAAGGAGAGGAGGAGAAUGGGGAGAGAUGAAGAAAGAAAGGAGAGAUAGGAGGUGAUAGAAGAAACAAGAGGGAUGGAUGGAGAAGAAAGACACAAAAAGAGAAAGGAAGAAUAAAAUAAAGGGAGAGAAAGAUGAGGGACAGAGAGAAGAGAGGAUGGAGGGAGGAGAGAGAAGAAAGAUGAGAGAAUAUUUGAGGAAAGGAGAGAAAAGAAAAGUGGGAGAAUAGCAGAUGAUGGAGAAGAAAGACGAAGAAGAAACAAAGAAAGUUGGAAAGAAUAAGACAGGAGGAGAAAAGAAUGAAGGAAGAGAGAAAGAAGAAAUGAUGUAAGGAAGGGAAAGAGGAUACGGAAGGGAGGAAAGGAAGAAAAGACACGAAGGAAAAGAAAGAAAGGGAAGGAUUUGAAAAACUAGAGAAAGAAGAAAAGAUGAACGAAGAAGAAGUGCGACAGGCUGACAGAGGGAGGAGCGUUCACGUUCACCCUGACUGGACUCAAUACGACAGAACUCUGAUGACCAGAGAGCACCUGAACGCAACACCUGAGCUCCUGCGAGACGAGAAACUGGGCUUAAAAACUGAAACUCUACUUUUUCUAUGAGCGCUGUCUUAAAUUCAACUCCUCCUCUUCUGCAAUAAUAGAAUCUGAGGCGGGGGGAGGGAAACAGGGGAGGGGAGAUUUUUUUAACUUCUUACAAACUGAAUUAAUGCAGCCUCUUCUUCCCCUUCCUCUUUCUCAUCCCUUCCUUCACUCCUCCUCCUCCAGCAGUAACACUGAAAGCUUCGUCACGUUCGCACAAAACGCCACCUUGAUAUCAGAGAGUUUGAGCAUGUCAACGUUUUAAACCAUUUUACUAGAAACACAGAUGACGUACGAGGAUGGAGGUCACAUGAUUCAUUUUGUGCACAAAAAGCUUUUUUUUUUUUUGGUUGCCAUUGUAAAUUUAUUCUGUGGCGAAUGUACGAUGAUGUGAUGUUGAUGUUAGAGUCUGAACUAACGUGCUCAAAUCUUUUGUUUUGGCCAAAGAAAAAGUGAAAAUUGUCACAUUAGAGGAGUGGGAACAAGCUAACUUUUGCUUCCACAAUGAUUAAAACAAAUAUUCAAUUAUUAAAAUAAAUUUUCUGUUGAUCAGUUAAUCAACUCAUGUUUUCAUCUACGAUUUAAAAUACAGCCAGUGAUUCACAGUGUUAAAUAUGUUGUAUGAUUCAGGUACAUUAAUACGGAGUGGUCAUAUCAUUUUUUUUUUCCUAAAGACAAACAAAAAGAUAAAAUGUGCUAAUGAAUUAAUCAAAAUGUGCACGAGAUACAGUUCAUUCCCAUGUUUUACUAAAUUCUUGCACACAAGAUAAAUGCAUAUAUAUAGAGAGACAGCCACAAAUUACCUUAAAUGUUUGAAAAAAUUAAGCAAAGCAUGCAAACAAAAUAGUAAAACAUGGAAUAAUUUGUUAAAGCGUGCAAAUAAAAAUUGAAAAAUGCACAAAUUAGUUAAAAUGUGAGCAUGAAUUAGUUAAAACCUGGGAAUGAAUUGUAUUUUUUUUAUUGUAUUUUUUACAGCUUCUUAAAUUAAAAAUAUAAGUAAGAAGUAACUUUUCCACAUUUAAAUGUCUUAAAAAACAGACCUGAGUUAUAUAUUUUGAGUUGUGUUCUGACAUUAUCCCAAAUGUUUCCAGACGUUUUCAAACCAAGAGAAUUUUUAAUCAAGCUGAUGUUUCUUUUGGUCUCCUGUAGAGGGCGUCACAUCCCCUUUGAGCAAAAUAUACAUUCAUUCAUUUUCAAACUGCACUUUUUAGAUUUUGGUUGUUUAUAACUUUAUAUUAUCCAGAUGGUUGAUUUUAGUCGCUGGUCUGUUUGUUUUAGAGAGGAGGAGAAUUCAGCUCCUGGUAAAUUGUUUUGAUUAAGAGCCCCCUAGUGGUGGAAAAUGACAUAUUGUGUGUUUAAAUGUAGGCGCAGUGGUAGAAAAGAAACUAUGGAGUGUAAUGGAUUUCACAGGGGAGCGCAGACAAUAUAAGCUGAUAGUCUUUGGACUGACUGCAGCAUAAGGUGUUAAUUGUUGUUACAGUAAAAAACAAACACUCAUCAGGUGAUUUGAUCCCCAUUGUCUUGUUUUCUGCCUGUGUACCAACAUUAAAGAAGGAACCGGUAAAUAUUCGACUGGUACGUGGUUCAUAGAACAAAAUUACACUGUAAUUCACCAGCUGUGUUUAAGAUAAUGUUAUGUCACAUCUGGGGAGAAAAAAUAUUGCAAAUAAAUAAAACACAAGUAGACAGAGAAACACAAUCUUCACCACUUUGACAACACACAUCCAGCACAAAGAAACACAAGUUUUUAUCACUGAAAGAAAAAAAUUACUGGUUUUCUUUUGUUCUGUUUGACUUUCAGCUUUUCUGAUUUAGUUUUUUUAUUUCUCUCUGUGUUGUCAGUGUUUUUUCAUGUGCUUUCUUCAGUUGCAGAUGAAAACACCAAAUGUCACAGUGAUGAAAUCUGUUUUAGUGAACUUAAACUGUCUUUUCAAACAGCAGAUUUACCACUGGAUGACACAUUAUACUGUUUAUAUUGCUUGGUUAAUUUACAGGGGAGAAUACCUUUAGGGUGAAUAUUCCUUUAAAGUGGAGGUUAAGUGGCAUUCACAUGUUUACUGGUUAAUGGAAAUCUGCUCCACCCUGAGUUUUUACAAAGCCGACCCUGUCCAAAAUAUCCUCAAAAAUGUUGGUGUGCGCUGUGAUAAUCAAACAGCUGCCUGUUGAGGUUGGUCACAUGUUUCUGCGUCUCUCUCCUGUAUUUUCUCCUGUGUUUUCUGGGCUGAACACAAUGACUAAUAACUUUUUUAUACUCUGAAACUGAACAAAUAUCAGGAAAAAUAUGUUUCACAUUUGUAAUGAUAUGAAUGAUACAUGUGCUGAGCUACACCUGUAAAUAAUGUUCUUUUUAAUUGAUUUAUGAGUUUAUAAUCUUUUGAUUUUGUUGAUUACAUUCAGAUCAGUAACUCUAUUUAAUAAAAACUCUUACAUUA